AUGCGUGUGCACUUCUCCCUCCUCCUCGCCCUCUUCGCCGGCCUCGUCGCCGCUACACCCGUCGACUCCGCAGACCUCGUCGUCGCACGCGGCAAGCCUGGCGGGGGAAACGGUGCAGAAUAUAAACGCUCGGGCCCCAAUGGGGUAAACGUUGCUGAGUACAAGCGUGCCGAGUCUCUUGAGCGCGUUUGA